UAUUACCAAUAAUAUGAAGACUACUGCUAUUGUGAUUGCAUUAGGAGUUCUAGCGGCUUCUUACUUCCUAGUCGCACCAACUGCUGAUCCAUUAGAGAGUGAGUUCCAGAUGUAUCUUGGAAAGUAUGGAAAGAACUACCAUAAUGAGGAAGAGUACAGCUUUAGGCUCAAGGUCUUUAAGCAGAACUACCAGAUUAUUGAGGAGAGCAACAGACAGGGUAAGUCCUACACCCUUGGGCUUAACAAGUUUGGUGACUGGACUAGAGAGGAAUACAAGAAACUACUUACUCAUAAUGAAGCUGGCAAGAAACAAGCCAAGGUUGCAGAUAUCAAAGGGGAUUACGAGCCGGAUCCAAUAGAUCAUAGAGAACUUGGAGCUGUCAAUCCUGUUGUGAACCAAGGAGCUUGUGGAGGAUGCUACGCAUUCUCAGCAGCCGCUGUUGUUGAAGGAAUGCUCUUCAAUUUCGGUAAAGGUCUCAUGAAAUACUCUGAACAAGAGAUCAUUGACUGUUCUGAGGCUUACGGUAAUGCUAGAUGUAAUGGAGGACAUUUCACCCAAGGAUUUGAUUUCUUGCAUGAGAAUUUAUUCUGUACCGACAAAGAGUACCCAUACACUGCUGGAGCUGAAGAUGAGUGUAAGUACUCUACUUGUGACGACCUGGACCAUGAGAUCACUGUUAGAGAGUAUUUCUCUGUUCCUGAAAACAGUGCUCUUUCUUUGAAAGAGAGCUUGACUUAUAACAUUAUUGGUGCUGGAGUUGGUGCGGACUCAGAAAUCUUCCAGUUUUAUAAGAGUGGUAUUGUAAAUGACAAGGCCUGUGGUAACAAUAAUAACCACGCUAUUACAGUUGUAGGACACGGAAUUGAAGAUGGAGUAGACUACUUCAUCAUUAGAAACUCUUGGGGAGCAGACUGGGGAGAAGAAGGAUAUAUCAGACUUGGAACUAGUUUUGAAGAGGAUAAAGGAGUUUGCGGAAUCCUUCAGGAUCUUGCCUUCCCAAUGUAUAGAUGCUAA